GGAGCGGCUAGUGGCUCAGCGCACUCAGAGGCGGCUUAUGGAUCUACGGUCGCACUGGAGAUAACACGAGCGGGACUUCGUACUUUGGAACAGGGCUGUUCUACCAGUGCAUUCCCUCUGUUCCGCACAGACUCUCAGCUCUGUCAAUGAAUGAGUCUCCGGUUGUUCCUGGACUGGAGUAAAGCCGCGGCUAAUGGAGGAUGGCGGCGCAGAGAGCGAAACUCACGCCCAGUUCAAGAGUUCUCUCCCGCGGGAAGAGAAGGACAAGUUGAAGAAGCUGCUCGUGCUCAAGGUGUACAAGCGGAGAUGGUUUGUCCUGUUGGUGCUGUGCCUGCUCAACCUCUCCAACGCCACGUUAUGGCUGAGCUUCGCCCCAGUAUCAUCCCAGACUGCGUCCUACCUGGGUGUGUCCCUGGCACAGGUUAACUGGCUGUCCCUGGUAUACAUGCUGCUGUCUGUGCCCCUCAGCCUGGGAACCACAUGGAUGCUUGACACCCUGGGACUACGUCUCACGCUGAUUGUAGGCUCAUGGCUGAACAUGACAGGUGCAGUGAUCCGGUUUCUGGGUGCGGCUCUGCCAGAGUACGACGCCUCCAGCAGGUACCCUGUGGUGCUCUUGGGGCAGGCGAUCAGUGCCCUGGCCCAACCCCUCAUUAUCUUCACCCCUACCAAACUCGCAGCACUGUGGUUCCCCGUGCACCAGCGCACCACCGCCAACAUGCUGGCCUCCAUGUCCAACCCUUUGGGGCUGCUCCUGGCCAACAUCCUGUCCCCUCUGCUGGAGGACUACGGCGGGGUGCCCACCAUCACCUUGGCGUACAUGGUGCCUCCUUGUGUGAGCUGUUUGCUGGCCACGGUGGGAGUCCGCAGCAGUGUCCCCCCCACGUCCCCGUCCCCCAGUGCACAGUCCGGCCCCGAGCCCUUCCUCCAGGGGCUCAAACUGCUGGUGAAGAACAGAGCCUACCUGGUCCUGAUGCUGUGUCUGGGAUCAGGAAUUGCCUCCUUCACCUGCUUCUCCUCCCUGCUCGACCAAAUACUCUGUGUGCAGGGAUACUCCAAUGAAUUUGCCGGCCUAUGUGGGGCACUCUUCAUCAUUUGGGGGAUUGUGGGGGCGGGGCUUCUCGGGGUCUACGUGGACCGGACCAAGAAGUUCAUUGAAGUGACCAAGAUCAACCUCAGCCUGAGCUCUGUGGCCUGUGCAGCCUUCUCUGUGGUGGCGCUGAUGCCCGGGCAGCAGGCCGCCGUGGCUGUGGUCUGCUCUCUGUUCGGGUUCUUUGGCUUCUCUGUUUACCCCGUUGCCAUGGAGCUGUCGGUGGAGUGCUCGUACCCUGUGGGAGAAGCCACCUCCGCAGGGCUCAUCUUCGCCUCAGGGCAGGUGCAGUCUGUGCUCUAUAUGUUCCUGCUGCAGAGCUUGACCACGCCUCUGGCCCCGACCCCUGGCUCCAUGUGCGGAGAGGGGCCCCAAAGCUGGAGAGUGCCUCUGAUGCUACUGGCAGGACUGUGUGCCUUUUUCACCUCAGUCUUCGUUCUGUUCUUCCGCUCGCGCUACAGACGCCUGGAGGCCGAGGAACAGGCAUGCUAUGGGAGCAAAGAGGGCCCUGUCACCUCCAACCAGGAGCCCCCCACCGGAUACGACCAGGAGCCCCCCAAUGGGUACGACCAGGGCUGUAGCACCAUCGGGCCAGACCAGGACCACCUCGCUGGGUAUUCAGAAGCAGUAGUGGUGUGAAAGCAGACAUUGAGGACUUGCUGUUUACUAAAGCUGCACUUUUGUUUUUUUUCAGUGUGUAGUUUACCUCCGGGAGUCAAAACUAAACCAUAAUGUUUUUAUUCACACUUGGCCUCCAGUGUCCGAUCACUCAAAAUUAUAACAAUAGGUUGAGUUCACGCGACAUCACAACAUUGUAGAAUCCCUAUAGUUUAAAAUGAUCAUAUCACUAAAACAUACAUACAGUGGCUUGUAAAAAUAUUCAUUCCCCUGGAACUUUUUCACAUAUUGUCAAGUCACAACCACAAAUUUAAAUACAUUUUCUUAGCAUUUUAUUUGAAUGAGCAACACAAAAUGGCACACAAGUGUGAAGUGGAGGGAAAUAUUUUACAAGAUUUCCAAAUGUUUAAAAAAUAAAAAACUUAAAAGAGCAGCAUGCAAAAGUAUGCAGCCCCCUUUUUCUUGAAUGCAACCAAUUGCUUUUAGAAGUUGUCUGAUGAUUUUGGAAAGAUUGAAUGUUGGCCUAAUGACUAAAAAGAGUCCACCUGUGUGUAAUCUUGUCUCAGUAUAAAUGAAACUGUGCUGUGAAGGCCAUAGAAGUUUGUUAAGAGAGUGUUGGGGAGCAAACCACAAAAUGAAGUCAAACGAGCAAACCAAACAGGUCAGAGAAACAGUUGUGGGUGAAGUCUAAAACGGGGCGUGGAUAUAAAAAGAUUUCCCAAGCUGAACACUUCAAGGAGCACUGUUCAAUCCAUCAUCCAGAAAUGGAAAGAGUACAGCACAAGUACAAACCUACCCAGACAUGGCCGUCCACCAAAACUUACAGAAAGAACAAGAAGAGCACUCAUCAGAGAUGCAGCCAGGAGGCCCAUGGUGGCUCUGGAAGAGCUGCAGAGAUCCACAGCUCAGGUGGGGGAAUCUGUUCAUAGGACAACUAUUAGUUGUGCACUACACAAAUCUGGUCUUUAUGGAAGAGUGGCAAGAAGAAAGCCAUUGUUGAAAACCAUUCAUAAGAAGCCUUGUUUACAGUUUGCUAGAAGUCAUUUGGAGGACACAGAAAACAUGUGGCAGAAGGUGCUCUGCUUUGAUGAGACCAAAAUUAAACUUUUUGGCCUGAAAGCAAAAUGCUACGUAAGGAGGAAAACUAACACUGCACAUCACUCUGAACACACCAUCCCCACAGUCAAACAUGGUGGUGGCAGCAUCAUGCUUUGGAGGUGCUUUUCUUCAGCUGGAACAGGGAAGCUAGUCAAAGUUGAUGGGAAGAUGGAUGGAGAUAAAUACAGGGUAGUCUUGGAAGAAAACCUGUUGGAGUCUGCAAAAAACUUGAGACUGGGGCGGAGGUUCACCUUCCAGCAGGACAACGAUCCUAAAUAUAAAGCCAAAGUGACAAUGGAAUGGUUUAAAGCAAAAAAAUAAUAAUCCAAAAUCCAAUUCAGAAUCUGUGGCAAGAUCUGAAAACUGCAGUUCACCAACAGUCUCUAUCUGAUCUGGCAGAACUUGAACUGUUUUGCCAGGAAGAAUGAGCAAAAACUUCAGUUUGUAGGUGUGCAAAGCUGAUGGAGACAUAUCCCAAAAGACUUGCAGCUAUAAUUGCAGCAAAAGGGGGUUCCACAAAGUAUUGACUUAGAGGGGCUGAAUACUUUUGCACGCUGCACUUUUCAGUUUGUUUGUUUUUUUAUCUUGAAAUUACCGGUAUGUAUAAUUCUCUUUCUACUUCACACUUAUGUACCAUUUUGUGUUACCUAUUUAUGCAAAUAAAAAAAAUGUAAAUUUGUGGUUGUGACUUCCAGGGAGAUGAAUACUUUUGCAAGCUACUGUAAGAUAAUUAUAUUUAAAGGGAUUUUACAUCUAUGAGGUAUUUUUUAAUGUAACUGCAAUCUCUUGUGUUUGGAGCACACAAAAUUCAUAUUUGAAAUAUUUUGAAGCUGCAGACCAGGAUAUCGGUUCAAAAAUAUGCCAAGGACCCCCUAUGGUCCACAAUGACAUCACAGUACAAUUUUGAAGGUCAAACAUGUAUAAAAUCUCAUUUAAAGACAGGUAAGAGUGCCUUUUCACUAAGACAUAGUUAACAGGUUAACAUUAUAUUUAAGAUUUUACAAACAGUCUUGACUACUUUAGUUUUUUGUUUUUUUUUAUUCUGGUAAAGUUUAUGGACACGGACAGCAGAUGUGAUGUACUUGGAGGUAAUUCCAGUUCUGUUACCUAGCAACCAUAAUGUAAACAAGGGCCAAAGUUUGUGUAAUUUACACAAGAGAUAUGAUUAGACUAAUACAAAUAAAUGACAACAGCUUUAUUUUGUUAAAUGAAGGUUUAAACUGUCAGAAAAAUUCCUUCUUUGUGCCUAAGUUGCCUUUGCAUUUGCAUGGAGUUUUCUGAGUUGAUGACAUAGGUAGAGAGAUUCUGUUUUUUAACCCACUGCUACUUCUCAACUUUUAUUCCACAAACUGACACUUAACUGAUGUAAAACUAUGAUAAAUAUUGUAAUAGCUCUGUAUUGGGACGUGUUCUUGUUUAUCCCUGUUGCAUCAGGAGGGGGCGCUGUGGGGUGUUUUAUGAAUGUGUUCGGUGUUAAAAAGCCAGAUUUAGUUGUCGUGUUCAAUAAGCCUGCUCUAAUAUUUCAUUUAUUUAACACCAUGACAAUAUUUUAAAUAUCAACAAUCUUUCAUUUUUAUUUCAUUUAUUUUCACUCAUGAGGCAAUUCUGUCUGGCAGCAAUAAGGGGCGCAGACACUGUGGUACUGUCCGGACCAGAGGUAAUGCAAUAUUAGAGAUACUAACCAAAUAACCUGUGCAGUUCAUUUUCAUCUGACUCAUGUAUGAUACAUUUAUUUUAUGGCAAUGUUACAUUUUUAAACCUGUGGAUAAAAAACUGAACUGCUGUUGUAUUUUAAUAUCUGUACAUCCCUUUUGUAUCUCAACUCUAUUUAAAGAAAUCCUGAUAGUUUUUAAUCUGUCUAUUUAACUAGAAUAUUUUUAUUCAUCCUAACUUUUGGAUGCGUUUUUUUCUCCAGAUAUUGUUGGCCAUAGUGGCAUAAAUAAAUGUUGUUUUAAAUGC